CUCAUCGCUCCAUCUAGGCUUGUAUAAGGCUUUUAUUUUGAAGGGCAGAGUAGGUGGUAGAACGGGAAGUGAGACUUGUGGAUGCAGAUAAACUGAGGCUGCAGGUGGAGGAUCAAGACGAUCAGCACAUCAACAGGUGUGAGUGGAUCACAGUCAGAGCAUGUUUCCCACUCACCGCCAGACCCUAAAGUCCUUCAGUUCUUCAGAUCUGCAGUCAUGUUUCACCACAGCUUGUGGGACUUUGCAGAUUAUGGUGGGUCUGUUCCACAUCGGACUCGGUCCAGGCCGAACAAGUUUAGUUCCUGGAGACUUGGCCAGUCUUGGAGCUGCCUACUGGCUGGGUGGUGUGUUCAUUGUUGCUGGAAUCCUGUCCAUUCUGGCUGGACAGUUCCCUUCCCGCGUCUUGGUGGGCUUCACUGUGUUCAUGAACAUUGCUGCAGCCAUCUUUGCCAUCAUUGGCAUUCUGCUGUAUGCCAUAGACCUGGGAAACGCCUCCGUCCUCUGGCUGUGUGAUCGCAGCAGAAUCCCUGCUCGUCAUUCUCAUGGAGACAACUGCACAAAUGUGGCACUCCAUGCACAGACUUUGCUGGUGUCCAUGGACAUCACAAUGAUGGCCCUGGCUUUGCUUCAGCUCUUUGUCAGUGUUGGACUUUCUGUUCUGGGCAUCAAGUUUUUCAUAGUUGGGACAAAAGAAGAAAAGUCAGGAAGACAGAGAUGCUGAAGAUCAGCUGCAGUGGUUGAAGAAACUCCCUCUGACCAGUUGUGGAGCUUAAACUAAUUUAAACUCAUGGAUGCAUGAUAACGACAGAGCAGCUCAUGAUUUUAAAACUUAAACACACAAAAUGAAUAAAUAAAAGUUACUUAAACUGCUUUGCACCACAUUGAAACUAUUUCAAUGCCAACAAAUGUCCAUUUUAUCUGCUUUGAAAUAUUUUCCUCUGAAAUUGCUUCAAUAAAGAGA